AUGAAGCCAGACAACAUCAUUGCAAAAUUCAAGCGAUAUGUAGAUCAGUACGUCUCCGAGCGUAGCUGCCGUGGCAUGAGAGGGUACGAGGACGGGCUUGUUGAUUUUGUUCCCCGAUGUGCGCUGGACAGCUUCUGGGUGGCGGAGAAUGUGGAAGGCGUUCUCCUUGGUCGAGAAGACUGGAUCAAAGACAGCACUUCCACUAUUCAGAGGGGUUACAUCCAAGUCUUCUCCAUCCUCGUCUACAUGUCGCAACCCCAGCACAUUUCGCUUUUCACAGGAGAGUCUAUUCAUGACGGAUUACUACCACUGAGAGAGACACCUCAUGCGUUUUCCGAGGCCGCAGAGAAAAGUAUUUUUGAGGAAUUCGAGAAAGAACAGUGGAGAUUCUGCCCUUUCCUGUUCGAUACCGAAGGGAGAGGCAAACCUCACAAACGACAUCUCCCACCGCUACAGAUCAUCCCUAUCAUCGCCAAAGAACAGAUCAAACACUCAGGGACCACCUACGACGACAGAGUCUGCGUUUUCCGAGUAACGCUACAUUCGCUGUGCUUUAACCAGGAGGAGGUGGUCUUUAAAACCUAUCAUGGAGAAGACCCAGAGGUGAUUCAAACCUACGAAAAUGAAGUGAAUAUGUACACGCAGCUGGACGCACAACCGACUCUGUACGAUUCCACGUCCGUCAUUAGAUAUUUCGGCUCAUUCGAAAUUCCUGGUCUACGAACCGUAAUACUUGAGUACGCCAGAGGCGGGAAUCUGAAGUCUUUCUUUGAAUCGUGUCCUCCUCCUUUAGCUCGUUCAGACCGUGUCCUCUUCUGGAACAACUUGAUGGAUCUAUUGGGCGGUCUGCACGCAAUUCACAAUCUCAAGGAAACUCAAGGAGGCAAAGGGUCCUGGGGACUCAGAGGAACUCACCAGGACAUCAGGCCACAGAAUAUCCUGGUCUGCCCUGAUCAGUCUGGCAACGUAUACGCUGCAAAAUUCAAAUUUGUGGAUAUGGGAACUGGCCAUAUUCGUAGGUCAAGAAACCAAGGAAUGGAACUGAACGCCGACGACAACUGGGGUAACGGGAUGUACAGUGCCCCAGAGGCAUACAGGGAUCAAGGAGACUCCAGGGCAAUUCGAUGGGAGAGCGAUGUAUUCUCUCUCGGAGCCGUUGCUAGCGAAGCUCUCGUCUGGACAAGGUGGGGAGAGUAUGGACGUGAUCUUUACCAGAAGGAUCGAGUUAUUGAGACUCGCAGGUCCCGCUUAAAAGGAGGCUUUCAUGAGGGAUCUUUCCAUGACGGAGAUCCAGACGGGCCGUGCCUUCUGAACUCAGUUGAAGCAUGGCUUCAGAGAGCAAGUAGCUUCGCUGGGGAAGAAUCUCAUUGGUUUUUGGCAGUGAGCAGAUUUCUGCUUACCCGCAUGCUCUCUAUGAACCCAAGAAAAAGGCUCGAAGCCAUUGAGCUUCAUGACGAAUGGAAGAGCAAAGUCUUUGAAGGGCCUGACCUGGUUCAGCCACACGAAGAACUUUACCCUCUUACAACCAGAUUCUCAGAGCCAUAUUCCACAUUUCGGAGGGGGGAAACCAGCCCACUGAGUCAACUACCCGUUGAGAACUCUCCAAGAACAGUGGAGGCAACUCAUUUCAUCGGAUCAAGAUCGGAACCCAGUCCUGGAAUUAUUGUACAGUCGCCGGAAGAAAUGCGAAACGAGAUUGACCUGGGAAAUGCAUACCGGCGAAACACGCGAGUGCCUCAGAGGUUCAACACUGUGCCCCAGCGACCGAAUCAUGGUUCUGAGAGCAUUUUGAACCACGAAAAUCGCUUGUCUGUGCCAGGUGCUACUUAUGCGGCAUCUGGAACCUAUCAUGGACCUUUUAAUCGGCACAGAACACCGGAGUUCGGGCCAGUUGAUGCUGCAAAUGCUCUCAAUAUCGAAGCCCAAACAAGUACGCCAAUGGACGUGGGAAAUGAGGUAAUGGGAGUACCGGAACAACCAAUAUCACUGAACGCCGCCAGCAACCCUCCGAUGGACGUCCUUCGGAACGAAAGUCUCCCAAGUCGACAGGAAAGAUUGCCAUCCUACACAUCCCAGCUCGGACUCUUUCCUCCGAAUCAAUUUCAAUGGAACACGGAACCCAACUCUCCCCAUGACGUCAAUGAUGGUAUGUUUCUCGUGGAUGACUCGAGAUCCAUGGAGCCUCAUCAAAAGAAAGUAGCCGCGAGCUGUCAAGUCCUCUCGUACUUACUCAAAAAGGGAGAGGUUGACCCAAAUGCAACCUUUGAAGUCUAUUUUACCUCAUCUCACCCUCCACUCCAAUCAACAAGAACCUCGGAAUUGAAAGAUAAUAUAGAAAAGAUGCUAUUCCAUGAAGAUCAAUGCAACAUGGCCCCAAGUUUGGACGAGUUGGUCAGUAAGGCUAUCCAGAAUAAGAAACCGGUCAGCAUAUAUGUCUUGACGAACGGACACUGGAAUCUCAAGAACCGAGACAAUUUCUGCGGUGUAGAUGGACCGAUCAAACGCUUGGUGACUCAUGUUCGACGGACAAACGAACAGCAGAAUUGGAUCGGUGUCCAGUUCAUCCGCUUCUUUGACGACAACGAAAAUCCUGAUGACAAGCUCGGGGAGACUCGGUUGAAAGCAUUGGAUGACGAUUUGAAGCAACAAACGGGAAUAGACAUCGUUGACACACGGAAUUUUGACGCAGAUGUGCGCAAAAUUUUACUUGGUUCAGUCGUACCAGAUGAGGAUAAUUCUUGA